CAGCUGUGAGGUUACUCGGGACGCCCUACCCAAACAACACAGGCAGCAGCAGCAGCAGCGGCUCUGAUCGCCGCAUAUUCCGGUUCGGUGAUCUGGUUUAUUGGGGGGUUUUAUUCGUCUAUCUAAACAGUGCGUGCCGGGUUUCCAGAGGGAGCGACGUCGCACCGGGUCUCUACUAAACGUCUCCACAAACGUCUCCCAGGUGAUGUGACAGCUCGGUCACGUCAACCAGCCGCUGUUAGCCUCCGUUAGCAAGGCGCUAGCUCAGUUAACAUAUGUGAUCGCCCCGGCUGCUCGUCGUGGAAAGUCAGAAGAGAGGACAGCACCGUGAUGUGGACGAGCUGCCGGACCGUGUAGUGUGCGAGGCGGGGAGUGAAUUGGGCGACCACAGUCCGAUGUGUUUAUCUCCGACACCGCAUUUGCGUGGUUGACAUUUCAAGCUAGCAGGCGGACGCUCGGUUAGCUUAGCCGCUACCCACACCACAACAUCCACCAAACUGGACCAAACAUUGGAUCUAGUCGGGUUUAAGUCGGGCUCGGCCGGUUCGCUGACCCCCCAGAAGAAGAUGAAGAAGAGGAAGGAGCUGAACGCGCUGAUCGGCCUCGGGGACAGCAAGAGGAAGAAGACCAAGAAGGGCUCCGGUCACCGGCUCCUCCGAACCGAGCCGCCGGACUCCGAGUCCGAGUCCAGCUCGGACGAAGACGAGUUCAACACCAUGAGCGAAGGAGCCAACUUUGGGAAGAGAAGCUACACGCAGUGCUGCAAUGUGUGCUACCCCCUGUUUCUGUUCAUCAUAUUGGCUGCAUGUGUCAUGGCCUGUGCUGGACUCAUAUGGAUGCAGAUUGCCCUGAAAGAAGAUCUGGACUCCCUGAAAGAAAAGCUGCACAGUAUGGAAUCCAGCCAGAAGGUGUCAUCUGCUGAAAUACCAAAACUCAGCGAGGACCUGAAAAACAAGCAGAGGAAGCUUGAUGACAUUGAGAACGGGGACAAGGGGUUGAGCAAACUCUGGUCUAAUCUUACAGAAAUGAACAGAAAGAUCAGUUUGCUGGACUCGGCCGUAAACCAUUUGAAGGCCAACUUGAAAUCGGCCGCUGAUUUGAUCAGCCUUCCUACGACAGUUGAAGAGCUUCAAAAGAGUGUUGCUACAAUCGGCAGCACACUAACAAGUGUCCAGCACGACGUGAAGACGAUGCAGUCUGCUCUGGAAAAUCAGAAGAGUGACGAUGACUCAAAGAAGACAACGGACCUAACAGACCUGAGGAAAGAAGUGGGUGAGACUAACAAGUCGGAGGAGCAGCACCACGUGUGGACUGCUGAACAGAUCCAUGUCCUCCUGUCUACAGUGGAAGAUCUUCGUCAGAGAGUGGUCUCAUUAGAGAACGGGUCAAAACAAAGCUUAAAGGAUGAUGACGCAGCAAAUCAACCGGCAACCACGAGUGAAACUCCAGCAACUGAGACGGUGCAAGAAGCCACUACGACCAAAGCAACACCUGGAGACGUGCAGGAGAUGUCCACGCCACUGACGGAGCCGCACACACGCAGACUUCCACGCUUCUUAACUUCUAAACGCUCCAAGAGAUAUGCCCACAGAAACAAGAAAGGAUGCUUAAAGAGGGUGUCCCUGCCUGGUGUCAGCUCUCUGAAAGAUUUGGAGGACAUCUUCCAGCAGGCAGGUGUUGGACAUAGUUUACGCGGAUUAACUUACCAGGAUCUGAAGAAAGUAUUUGGAACAUCAACUCCUGAUGCUCGUACCUUGGACUGCUUUGACAAUGACAGGGACCAGAGGUACUCCCUGAUGGAGCUGGCGGCUGCUGUAGGCCUGUGAGCACAUUGUCACUGACCGCAGUGAACAGUAUUGAAGCCCAGUGGGGUCAGGGGUGUUCGGAGUUCCUGUCCCGCUUCUGUAAUUGCUGCACUUUUGUGAACUGAAUAUUUAUCAUACUGAUUGUGGAACAGUGGCACUGGCAUGCCCAUACUCACCCCCCCCCUCCCUCGCUUCAGUCCAUCUCAGCACGAUCUCGGCCACAGAAACAUUAUGUUAACAUUUUAACACGACUCCAUAUGCAGAAUAUUCAGCUCUUAUUUUAGCAAAUCUAUUGGUUUGUGUUAAUUAACAAUGAAAAGAAAGUGUGAUUUGUUUUGAAUCCUGUUUUCCACUCUGUUCUCAAACUUGCUCUUAACCUGCGCCUGUGUUUUGUUCUUUUUAACCAUCUUGAUGUAACAAUGCGUUUAGGUUCUUGAGAGGCUGUAAAUGUCAGUGGGUCCCCGCCCAUCGUCACCUGGUACAACUCAAACAAAACUUAUUUAUAGAACCCUGGAUAGAAUUUUAUGAAUGUUUACAAAUGACUACUAGAAACUGACUUUUUGUGAGGGUGGGUUUUGUUUUUAGACAAUUUCCUAACUUAUCUGAAACCCAGUCCAGUAUCAGAGUAAAGGUUUUUGUAUACUCUUUUCUAAGCUGAAUCCAAGUUUUCAGAUUUCUUCUUUCUGUUGAGUGUUUAUCUCAUUUAUCCUCAGUUAGUUGUGAUUGUGUGUUUAGUCCCAAUUGUAGUUUUUUUUUUGUGCUUGUUGUUGCAGUUUUCAGUUCUUUAAAGAUGUGAAGGGCUAUGAACACUUUGAGUCAUCUGGAAAGAAUGGUGAAGUGGUAACUCACACGGCAUAUGUAGCAAUAACAAAAGACGUAGAUGUUGCUGGAUAGAAAUUGCAGUAGACAGACGACACAGCUAACCCACGAUGUGUAACAGGUAGUAUAAGAAGCACUGAUCAUCACUCUUUACUUGAUUCAUUUAAUCCAUUUUUAAUGGACCUAAUAAAAGGUGUAUCAUUUACAUGACAAGUUUGUUGUGAUCAAACAUUGUACUCUGUAAAAAUGGUGCAAACGUAUUCUCUGCCAAUUAUCUUUUGAUAUGGGUUGGAAAAAUUUCUGCAACGGCCUCAACAUUGUAUAUUUACAAAAAAUAAUUCUGUUGUGCUUUGCAUGUUGCUUAUAACGUAACAUGAACAGAUAAUUUAAACCCAACAUAAUCAACAACUUGUUUUUGCAGGACAAUGGUUAGUUGAGCUGAAAAUGUUAAGUAGCUUUGGCCAUCGUGACUUAGAUUUGGGGUUCAUGCUGCUACUGACGAGAGAUUUUAUAAAUGUGUGUUUUUUUUUCGUGUGAGCAUCAGUUAAUAAACACAAAGUUAAAAGA